AUAUCAAUUUCGAUAUGAACAGUGUUAAAAAGUGAGUGGCACAUGUUGCAUUUGUUUAUAUGUGCGAUGAACAAGAAAAUAGUUAUAAAUAAACGUGUGAAGGGCCAGACUCGUGAAGAGCUAGAUCAGCUAAGCAAACCAGAGCUAAUUGAUAAAAUUGUACAGCUAGAAGCGUACAAUUUUCAGCUGAAAAAUCUUUUACAGAAGAAACUCUCCGAGAGUGACAAAAGCAAUUCUGAAUAUGCAGCUAUACUGCGAGGGGCUGAUGGGCAUGAAGUACAAAACACAGUUGAUUUGGAAACCGCUAAGGGUGUACCUAAAAGUAAAGACAAGCAACGUAAGUUUAAUUGGUCGAGUGCACACCAACGGCAUGUGUUAAUGAAAGUAACCUAUUUUGGCUGGGAUUAUCAGGGCUUUGCUUGUCAGGAGGAUUCCGCUGAUACGAUUGAGGGACAUUUGUUUCGUGCCUUGGAGCGCACCUGUCUCAUCGAAUCGCGUGCUACCUCCAACUAUCAUCGGUGUGGUCGCACCGACAAGGAGGUGAGCGCCUUCUGCCAAGUGAUUUCAAUAAAUUUGCGUAGCAAGCAUUCACCUGAGGUUCAACUGGAGCCUGAAUCGUUAAGUACUGAAAUUGAUUAUUGCAGUCUGUUAAAUCGGGUGCUGCCCAAAAAUAUUCAGUGCGUAUCCUGGAUGCCGUUGCGAAAUCCCGAAUAUAGCGCUCGAUUUGAUUGCAUUUCACGCACCUAUCGCUAUUAUUUUCCCAAGGGCGACUUAGAUAUUGAGGCUAUGCAGAUGGCUUGUCAGUUGCUUGUGUGCCAUGGCGACUUUAGGAAUUUUUGUAAAAUGGAUGUGCAUAAUGGCGUUACGAAUUAUAUGCGUAAUUUGCAGCAUGCCGAGAUAAAGCCAUGCCAUAAUACAGAUGUGCAGUUAGAGCCAGACUCAGGCUACGUCAUGUAUUAUCUGGAGAUACAAGCUAAUGCUUUUCUAUGGCAUCAAAUACGCUGCAUCAUGGCUGUGCUGCUGCUGGUUGGACAAAAGCAUGAGCAACCCUCCGUUAUUACUAAAUUACUAGAUGUUGGCAACAAUCCUUGUAAGCCUCAGUAUACGCCUGCCAUCGGCUUACCACUGAAUCUGUUCCAUUGCGAAUUCCGGCUGCACAGUACACGUCAAUCCAAUCCGUCAACUUCGGCUGUCGAAAUUCCAAAUUUGUCGCAGAGUGCGAUUGUGGAAAGUGAAAGACAAAGUGAUCUAACCAAUUGGAUAUACAGUGAAGAGAAUCUACAAAAGCUCAUCGAGAACGUGCAGAGUGAGUGGACGCAGUUCAGUGUCAAAUGCACGAUGAUACACAAUGUGUUAGUGCAACUGGAGGCUCUACUUGAGCGGAACUUCAAAACACAGAAGAUCCAUGCACAGGCGAUGCUGCUCCAGGAUGCGGCUAAGCCGCGUCAGUAUCAACCAUUGCUGCAGCGUAAACGAUGCGAGAGCCUGGAAAAUCGCAUUGACCAUUUUGUGAAAAAGCAACGACUGCUCGUAAAGAGCGACACAGAAACGGAAACGGUUGAAAGUCAAUCUGAUUGCUGAAAAUAAAUAAAUUGGUU